AUGUCCAAGUUCUGGGAAAUUGAGAACGUCUAUUCGGAGAGGAUUACGACCGUGGCUGAAGGUGCCGUGGAAGAGCAUUUCAAGACCACUCACUACCGUGACGAGACAGGACGGGUGGUGUUCGAUGCGUCGGCAAAAACUACCACUGGCGUUUCGCUCAAUGAUACGCUGUUGGUCGGACCUACGGUGCAAAACGACAUCGUCUCGAUUAUCCUACGAUUUUGUAUUCAUUUGGUGGUGCUAACCGCCGACGUUCCCAAAAUGUACCGUCAGGUCUGGCUCCAUAAGGACGACUGUAAGUACCAGCUGAUUCUGUGGUGGGACAGCGAUGGUAACCUGAAAGUGUUCGAGUUGCGGACGGUAACUUACGGCGUUGCCAGUUCACCACACCACGCCACAAGGGUAUUGAUUCAAUUGGCUACGGAUGAAGGUGAAGAAUUUCCUCUGGCGAAUACCGAGGUGUUGAAAGCAAUUCCUGCUGAAAUCCAGGAGAAGCAGCUUAGCUUUGACGAUACCGGGAUCAAUAACAGCAUCAAAACGUUGGGCCUCAUCUGGAAUCUGAAAGAAGAUUAUUUUUUGUUCCGGACUGCCCUGGUCAGUUGGGAUGUGAAGGUAACGAAACGCAUAGUGCUGUCGGAAAUAGGACAACUCUUCGACCCUCUUGGAUUCCUGGGUCCGAUUAUUGUUUCGGCGAAAUUGGUGAUGCAGGACAUUUGGCGUCUUGGUCUUGAGUGGGAUGACGAACUUCCUGAAGAACUGUUGCAGAGAUGGAAACAGUUUCGACAUCAACUUCCAGUUGUAAAUCAAAUACGGAAACCACGUUGUGCAUUUCAAGAUGAAGCUGUGACGAUAGAACUCCAUGGGUUUUCGGAUGCCUCAAAGCGUGCCUAUGGAGCUGUCGUGUAUAUUCGGAGCAUCAACAAGGAUGGGACAAUCUUCGUCAAUCUGGUUGCAAGCAAAUCGCGCGUGGCACCACUCAAACCGUCAACGAUUCCACGACUCGAACUUUGUGGCGCGUUGCUUUUGGCAGACCUGGUGCGAAAAGUGGUGUCGGCAAUGCAAAUCCGAUUCGAUGUCGUGAAGCUAUGGUGCGAUUCCCAAAUUGUUUUGUGUUGGCUGAAGAAAUCUCCGCUAGCACUGAACCAAUUCGUCGCCAACCGUUUUGCCGCGAUAGUGGAACUGACGCAAGAUUACCAAUGGGGAUACAUACAAUCGGACGACAAUCCAGCAGAUGAAUUUAUGGUGGAAUGGUUCACCGUUAUUAUGGAAUUCCCAUCCAACAUCGGUGAUCCUGAACACUUGGAAGAAUCAGCUAUUCCGGAGGUGAAGUCGGCAGUAGUGUUGGCGGUCAUGAAAUGUUGUCCGGCUAUAGUACUUGAUAGACUCAGCAACUACAUGAGAAUGCAGAGAGCGUGGGUGUACGUGCAUCGUUACAUCGAUAUCAAGGUGCAUAAGAAACAAGGCUUCGGUGACAUUUCAGCGGACGAAAUCAAGAAGGCAGAGGCAUCAAUCUUGUCAGUCCUCCAGCGUGAAUGUUUCGGCGAUCUGCGUAAGGCGUUGCAUUCAAAUUCCAUUCAGCGGCAUCCAUUGCGGAACCUCGCACCGUUCCUGGGAGACGACGGCUUAAUCCGAGUCGGAGGCCGUUUGAAAUAUUCGGCCAUUCCUUAUGAUGGCAAACAUCAGGUGUUGUUACCGGAGAAGCAUCACGUCACGGAGGCAAUCAUACGUGGACUGCAUUUGGAACAUUUUCAUGUUGGACAGAAUGGAUUGUUAGCUAUCGUACGCGAACGUUACUGGCCGGUGCGCGUAAGGGUGGCAAUCAAGAAAAUCGUUUCUAAUUGCCAGGUGUGUGCUAGGCAGCGUCAUAUACCAGGUGGUCAGUUCAUGGGAAAUCUUCCGGAGUCUCGAGUCAAUCCAGCGCCACCAUUCUCCAAGGUUGGUAUUGACUAUGCUGGUCCAUUUAUGUUGAAACUAGGAGGUCGGAGUACGAAGCUGUAUAAGGCAUACGUGGUCGUCUUCGUGUGUAUGGCAGUGAAAGCCAUCCAUUUCGAACUAGUUUCAAGCCUGUCGACCGAAACAUUCAUUGCUGCAUUGCAACGUUUUUCCAGUCGUCGAGGAUUGCCGAGUAACAUCCACAGUGAUAACGCUACUACUUUUGUCGGUGCCAAUCAUGAACUAGCUGCUCUGAAGGAGUUGUUUGAAGAUCAGCAGCAUCAACUGAAAGUAAAGAGUUCUGUAGCGUAA